UGACGUCACUUCCGUCCCCCUCUCUCGCUUCCAUCUUGCUCUCCGCGUGUGUUUGCUGCUAGCGUGCAGGUCAGUGAGGAGAUCUAAAAUACUCUCUUUCCUGCACAGACACUUCCAGCUCCAAGGCUCAAGAUGAAAGAGACAAUAAUGAACCAGGAGAAAUUAGCCAAACUGCAGGCGCAAGUCCGCAUCGGUGGAAAGGGCACUGCACGCAGAAAGAAGAAGGUUGUACACAGAACCGCUACUGCAGAUGACAAGAAACUCCAGUUUUCUCUGAAAAAGUUGGGCGUCAAUAACAUCUCCGGCAUUGAGGAGGUGAACAUGUUUACAAACCAGGGAACAGUGAUCCACUUCAACAACCCCAAAGUGCAGGCUUCACUGGCAGCCAACACCUUCACCAUCACAGGCCAUGCCGAGACCAAGCAGCUCACAGAGAUGCUGCCAUCUAUCCUCAAUCAGCUCGGUGCAGACAGCUUGACCAGUCUGAGGAAACUCGCUGAGGCGCUGCCCAAACAAGCUGGUGAUGGAAAAGCACCAGUGGCAACAGGAGAGGAAGAUGAUGAAGUUCCAGAUCUCGUGGAGAAUUUCGAUGAGGCUUCAAAGGAUGAGGCAAACUAACUCAAAAGGAGAGACAGGCGUUCAGAAUCUUCAAACUCAGCCGGGCCACGUGGGACCCCCUCUUCCCUUUUUCUUUUUUUAUUUUAAAAAUGUAUUACAGUCUCUAUUUUUUUUUCUCACGUGCACUGCUGUUUUCCCCUGUGUCCAAGCUGAGUGUGUGAAAAGCGUGUUUAACUACACAGUGUCGUAGUGUGGGGGGUGUGUGCGAGUGUGUGUGUGGACCCCAGGGCAUCCUGCCCAUCUCUCCCUGUUACUGAGACUCUCCUUUGCGGCCUAGCUGAAACCCACAUCUGGAAAUAAACAUUUGCUAUUGAUGAGCUUAAUAAA